CAACAAAAAGUCUACUGUUGUUAGCUAUAGCAUUUAAAAGUACAGGUGGGUACGAAUUUAAAGUAAUAUCAGGUAACAGGUGCAACGAAUUACUCAUGUUUUGACAUUUUUUAAAUGUUACUGAAGAUAUAUUAAUCAGUUUAAUUGGUGUGCGGCUGCCCUAACUACAAACGUUAAGCUAACAUUAUGUUCUUUACAAAGUUCCCAGCUAACGUUAGCUUCUCUCCCAUUCUACGCUAAACAUCGGAAGAAGGUAAAUAAACUACAGAGGCCAAACUUCUCCAGGUCAGAUAUCUCUUGUUACCGCCCAAGUUUAUCUUGAAAAAAUGGCAGUGCCUUUCUCCAACACUCACCUGCGGGUCCCGCGAGGAUUUGGUACAAUCCUGGAAGGACUGGCCAGAGAAGUCCUACGAGACCAGCCUGAAGACAUCCCUGAAUAUGCUGCACAGUACUUCGAGGCACUUCUCAAACAAAGAGAAGAGAGUGGCAUGGACCCCGCUGAGUGGGCUGCUAAACUGGAAGAUAGAUUUUACAACAACCCUGCAUUCAAGGCUACUGGGGCUAGUCCUGAAAACGAGCCUGCAACAGAGAUCUCUAUUUCCAAAGAAGAAUCAUAUGAGUCCCAAACUGAAGAUGAAUCAAGUCAUUCAGCAGAAGCCUCAAAUCUUUCCACCACACAACCUAAUGUAUCUGAAGAGGUUGAUUUAACUGAAAGCAAAGAAGAAGAAGAAAAACAUGAUAUUAAAGGGAAACAGAUUAGUUCAGUGGAAAAGAGACUUUCAGAAGUGGAAUCAAUCAACAGGCUUCCAGCUGCAGAUGUACAGUCAAGUGAACUGAGUGGGAAAGAGAAGGAAAAACAUCUCACAAUAAAUAGACUUGAUCAAGUUGACAGGGCAGUUAACGAAAACGAUAGCAGCUAUGGUCCAGACCAAGAUGUACCUCUAUCUGAGUUAGAGUCCACUGACUUGUUAUUAUUCAGUGGGGUUUAUAAUGUAGAUGUGUGUGCUCAGGAGUUAGGAAUGGCUGGAGAUGAGGAAGGUGAUAAAAAAGAGACUGCAGUUGUUCAUAAUGAGAAUGUAGACUCACAAGGAGAGAACAAUUUUGAAGUUGAAGAACCAGUGGAGGUCUUUCUGUCAUUGGCUGAUGACGUUUGUGCUACAGAGCUUGGAGGAACAGAGAGAACAACGAAAAGAGCCACUGUUGAAAAUGAUACACUUGCCAUUGAAGAGGAAAGCUUAAAACCCCAACCUGAGGAAACUCUUGUACAAUCAUCACUAUCUAAAUUUGAAGCCCCUGAGGGCAAUCAACAAGAAGCAGAAGAACAGGCAGAAAAAACAAAGGAAGAGAAAGGAACUGAGACUGAAACUUCUGGGGAUACACAUGAAACUUUAGCUCAUAUUGAGGCUGGUGUAGAUAGUAAGGCUGUACCAAACAGGGAUUCUUUGGUUGAGAUUAGCUUUGAAGAUGUUCCAGAGGCUCAGCAGAUUACUGAGGUCAGGGAGAAACAGCCAGAGGAAAAGGGUUUAGUAGAGGUCUUAGAGACCAAGAUAUUAGAGAUGCAACAGGAGAAAGAGUCCAAGGAAGUAACUGCUGUAGCAGCAGACCAAGCUCUAUCUCGUUCAGAACACCACGAUGAACCUGAAAUGGAGGGAGUUGAAAAAGAAUUUAACUCUGAAGGGGAGGAAAUGGAAAGUCAGCAUGAGACAUCUGAUCUAAUGAAGGAGAAGGUGAACACAAAUGACUUAAAUUUAAAUGACAGUGAUGAUGAUGAGAAGGGAGAAGGUGUGAAAAACAUCAGCACAUCACAUCAGCCCACCACCGAGGCAGACAAAGAGAACCCAGAGGAUGAAGCCGAUCAUACAAAUGAAGAUAACGAGAAGAUAAGAGAAGAAGAAAUGAAGUCAAAUGACCCUGGCUUUAAAGAUGAUGAGACGACAGACACGGCUGGAGAAGACAAAGAGGACAUACAUACAGGAGGUUAUAGUGAGAUGGAGGAUGAAGACAUUGAUGAUUGUGUUGCAGAAAAUCAUUUCCAGUCAAGUACAUCAAAGGCUGCAAUGGAGGCAGAGAGUGAAACCUUAGAGGCAAGUACACAACAUCUACCAGAAGAGAAUCAGAGAACACUGGUAGAUUUACAGCCAGAGGAUGCAGUGGAAGAAAACGAGGUCACAUCAAAGGAAGCAGAGAAAGUUAUAAAAGAAGGAAAGAUUGAUUCUGAAAUACAAGAGAAGAGUGAUGUAAUGUGUGAAGAGGAGAGCAUCAGCCUCACUCGUAGUGCAAAUGGGACAGCUGCUGACCAACAAGGAGAAGAAAGGCCACUUGGGUUUGAAAAAGCCACCACAGAGCCUGAAGGCAGUAGUGACAAGGAGGAGUGCAGCCGACCUCAGGAGGAGGAGGACAUCAUGGACAUCCCCCUGGAUGACCCUGAGGCCAACAGGGCUGCUGCCAAGAUCCAGGCCGGCUUCCGUGGUCACAUGACCCGUAAGAAGAUGAAGCCGGAGGACAAAGCAGAAGGGGAGGAGAGACAGGAGGAUCGGGGGCAGUAGAGAGAGACGACACAUCCGUGCCAGAGCAGUGAUACCCCUGUCCUGACCUGGAUGAAGAGAAGGAAGUGGAGCAAGGUAGCGAGAGAUGGCUGGCAUAAGCCGACUGGGCUGGCUUUCGGACACACCUUUCUACCCCAGGAGUCAUUUUCUUUUUCAACACAAAUUAGCAGUAAAAAAAAAAGAACAGUUUUGAGGGUGUGUUAUGUGAAUUUUGUGAACUUUAACACUCCUUCUCUGCUUCUCCAGCAGUCUCAUCAGUACUGAUGUCUUUGACCCAGAAUUUGCAACUCACUGCAUGUACUUGUGAAACUUCUGGUAGUGUGCUAGUUUUUAGAUGAUGAUCUGUGAAUGUGAAAAUGAAUGUCCUCUAAAUGCUAAACAGGGUUUAUUUGGAUGGAUCAGUUCAUACCAUCUGUCUAUAAACCUUUUAUGCAUCAGCACUAGACUUGGCGUAACUAGUGGCUUAAAUCAUUUCUUAUUUUGCAUUGUUUUCUGAUGUGCUUGUAUUUUGACUAUGAUUUACCUAUCUGACUUGCUCACAAAAAUGAUUAAAAAAUCAAAAAUAUCAAAAGAAAAGUAGCUAUGUAUAUUCUAUUUAUUCUACGUUACAACAUUCAGAUUGCAAUUGCCUUGAUUAUCUUUUUGAACACAAGUAAGUUCUCUUCUCACCUGUUCAAACAUUUUCUAUAAAUCUGAUCUUCCAGAACAGUAAGCAUGCAGUAAUUACACUUUUUGUCCAGAUGCAUUUGCUACAGCUUUACCUUAUGAGACACUGGUUCAAUAUGCUUGUUGACUUGACUUGUUUGACUCAUGUUAAAUCACGUGUAAAUUUCCA